AGUCAGAGCGUUUGUUUUGAAAUGGGGAAGUCAAGUUUUGUAACAAUCCAAUAGGAGGAAUGAAAACAGCAGCUUCACAUUACAGUUGGUCGAAUAAUCCGAUUUUUUACAAAUUUAUAAGAAUGCAACUGGCCAGCUAAGCAACUAGUUAGUUAGGUAGCGGUCGAAAUUUAAGCAAUUGUUACAUGGAGGAAAAUGGGGGAGGGUUUAGUAUUUUCUUGUAUUUAGUCCAGGGGAGGGUCAUGUAAUUUGUAAUCGAUUUAUAUGUCAAUAUUUGUCAGCAUUUUGGAAUGUACGUGUUGAAUUCGGCUAUGUAACUUUGGUGUACAACCCUGCUCUCUCUCGUUCUCCUCGCUGAGCUCGGCUGGGUGGGCACUUAGCUUUCCAUCGGCUUUUCGAUCAGACCCUCUCUGUGCUUGGUGUAUCAGAACGUGGGCAUGUAGAGUAUCUGGUGAAUCAAAUGGUGCUUGUAGUGAUGACGUAGGGAGCUAGCGCACAAUAAGAACGAUGGUAGAAAUGCUGCAUUCAAAACAACUGGGAAUUCAGAAAUCUCAGACUUCGGUGCAUUCAAGACAAUUCGGGGAAAGGGAGGGGAGAACGAGCUCCGACUGGGGGAAAAUAGUUUUGAAAGGUCAUCCAACUCCGAAUUCAAAGUCGGAAACUCAGGCAUCUUGCUAGAGCUCUGACUUUCCGACCUGAAGAUCACUGACAUUAUUUGUCUUCUUUUGUGUGUGUGUGUUGAGUUCCCAGUUGUCUUGAAAGCGCCAAAAAACUCUGGUGUAUCACAACAACACGCAUGGCGUUGCACAAUUAUGGAAGGACCACAGCUCGUGAAACAUGCAUCUUCACUACAAUUUACAGGUUUCUUUGCACUGAAGAGAGGUCUCUGUCUCUGUCCGCUGAAGAGAGUCUAGAAAAGUUUCAUAUAAUUUUGGAGUUGAAUGGAGAUGGUUCCUCAAUGUGGAAAAACGUGAAGGGAUAAAAUCAGGUGUUUGAGGAGUUACUGAUUUUUUUCAACCAAUAUGUUUAUCAUAGGCUGCCUGUCAUUACGCCAUGAUUUUGUUUUUUAUUAGAAGCAUUAGUCUUACAUUCUAUAGUCAACUUACACACGACACUGACAUGCACUACCUCAUCAGCUAUGUGUCUACAUACAUAAAUGUAUGUAGAUAUGUCCUUAAUGAAUGUUUUGUUGUUGACCAAAAUGGUUCCUACUGUUGCCUACUACUAGGUUCUGCUCAUCAAUUGUUUGGCUAUUUGUUCAUAAAACAUGUAAUUGUUCUUUUGUUAAGGGUUUUACGUUUUUGAAAAAGACUGCCUCUUUACCGGACUUGUGUUUUUUAAAAUGUUUUCAACUACCCCUACCAAAGCUUUUAGAGUAUAAUUGACCCUGUGGAUGUGUUAUCUAGUGGGAGCCGGCUAGUGCUUCCGGUAUGAGGGAGAGUUGAAUGAAAUAUUUAGCUGGCGAAUUCCCUUCCGUACCAACAGGUGGCAGUAACUGAACGAGUCAACUCUUCAAAAGACAGGCAACUAGUUUUCUGAACGGCGUGUGAGAUAGAUUUCCUUCUACACAGCAACAAUGGCAGCCUCCAAUACCAAUGUGAUACGGGUGCGAUUGUAUUUUGAUUACCCGCCGCCCUCGGUAUCCGACUGUCGCAUGUGCUGGGUCCUCGUGGAUCUGAACAAAUGCCGCGUGGUAGCAGACAUAGCCAGCGUGAUCAGGGAAAAGUUCGACUUCAGUCGCAGGAGCAUUUUGAGUCUGUUCAUCGAGGACUGCUACCUGCCGCACACAGAGAGCAUCUACGUCGUCCGAGAUAACGACAGCAUCAGAGUGAAGGUGGACACCCUGACCCUUUCAAGUGGAAGUCAGUCGAACACAUCUGUUGUGAAGUCCAAGAAGAGGAGGAGAGCUGCCGAGGAGGAGCCCACACAGAACCGAGUGAGUGAAGAGUGGAAGAAGAAGAAGAAGAAGAGAAAGGAGAGUCAGGAGGCUGAUUCCAACGAGGCUGUAGUUGAAGAGAGGAGGAAAGAAAACAAACAGAAACAGAAGAAGAAGAAAGAUAAGAAGGUGGCGACCAAAACCACUGCCUCGUCCACAGGACCCUCUCACACCUCGUCCACAGGACCCUCUCACACCUCGUCCACAGGACCCUCUCACACCUCGUCCACAGGACCCUCUCACACCUCGUCCACAGGACCCCCUCCCACCUCGUCCACAGGACCCUCUCCCACCAUAGUCAAAGCGGACAAAAACACCAAGAAGGCUCCAUCGGCCAAAGUAGUAUCUGUUAACGGUAAAGCCACAGCAAAGACCCCGAAUGGGGAAAUGGACGACUCAUCUGAUUCCAGUGAAAGCAGUAGUGAGGAGGAGGAGGCCCCCAGUAAAACCCCCAUGCAGAAACUACCCCCCAAAUCACACUCUGCUAGCUCUACACCCCCUGUCACAUCUAAAGCCACCCCUGUAGUUAAACCCCGUGUCCCUGUUAAGAAACCACGCCCACCUCCCUCAUCUGAUUCGGACUCCUCAGACUCAUCGGGUGACGAUGCCUCUAGCAAAGCCACCACAGGCCAACCUCCCGUUAAAAACCAAACUCCUCUAUCCAAACCUGCUGCCACCAUACCGACCGGCUCCGGAGCUGGUCCUAGAGACAAAACCACCCACUCCAGGCCCAGCCUCCCAUCCUCAGGUCCCAGGACCUCUGUAUCGCCUGGCCAGAGAGCUAAUGCUCUAGGGCCAGGCUCUACCCCAGCAGUGCAGAAGGCCCACAGGAGGCCUGAGAGCCCAGGCUCUAGUAGUAGUAGUAGUAGUAGUAGUGAGGAGAUCCAGCUGGUUAUCAAACAACCGGGCCUGGGGAUGGGGAUAGUCCCUGCUAUGGCAGCACAACCCACCUGGAGAGGCAGGGGAAGCCCUAUGGGUGCAGAGAGAGGAGAUAAUGCAGGGUUUUAUUUCAACUAUGAAGGUGGACAGCGACAGCAGACUCCUCAGCCACCAUCGUACCAGAAGGACUCCCUGAUUAACAGCUCUGUGGUGUUCCAGAACCCAUCAGAGAGUGUCCCCAAGAGGGACUACAGUGAGAUGCCCCUCCUAGCUGCUCCCCCUCAGGACGGACAGAAGAUCGCCUUCAAGCUACUGGAGCUGACAGAGAACUACACACCAGAGGUGUCUGAGUAUAAAGAGGGGAAAAUCAUUCAUUUUGACCACAGCACCAAACAAAUUGAGCUAGAGCUGCUCUCUACUUAUCAAGGUAAGACCAAACGGAUGACUGCUCUCUGCUCAUCAAGCGCCGAAUACCCCCACGGAUCAGAGAGUGUGGAGUACGCUGUGUCCCGGGGCUCCAGGGUGACUGAACGUUGGGACUCACUGCUGGAACCCAGGCUAGUUGUUGGGAAUUUGAGCUGA